AUGGCGCCGUGGACUAAUCCGUUCCGUCGCAACCGCUCGGUGGACCCUGGAUCGCGACAACCGCCACCCGCUGAUUUCAGUCGUCCUCGGGCUCACCCUGGCUUAGCGGUCAUUGCCAACACCCACAUGUACAGGGACUUGGUCGAAGGUCCUUCGACGUCUGGGGCUGGUCCGUUCGUCCCUCGCGCUCGAACUCCGAGCGAUGAUAGCCACAGGGAGUCUGGGCACGAUACGCAGCGAACUGGGCGCUCUACGCACCGUCGAGAAUCGUUGCAGAGUUAUCAAAAUCCUCGACGCCUUUCGUCGAAUGCUGAAGCUUUGGCGGCUCUCGAAGGUAACAGCCACAACAAGGAUCUCGAAGAAGAACACCUCGGUGUCCUGCCAAGUGCGUCGUCUGACGGGUCGUUCGGUGAUUGGGGUCGCAGUCCUCGCAACAAUGAGGGCUUGCACCCUUCCGCACACGCUGCUCGUCGGCAACACUGGCCUAACCUCAGCUCACCGUUGCUACCCAUCAGCAACGACCCGCCUCGGCUCACCCUCGACCCGCAAGUUCCCUUCAGGGCGCACCCGUGGGAGAUUGAGCGCCACUAUGGCCUUCCUCUGCGCCCAUGGACGCACAACAACCCGUCCAUCGAGCACUUGGUCGAUGCACCGCCAGACCUCGCGUACAGGCCGCCGCCUCCGCCGACGACGUUCUCGCUUCAGCGUCCGCCGCCGCCGCGCUCUCGCAGCCAGUCUCCUCGCAAGGACAGGAACGUCAUGCUUGAGAAGGUCAAGCGGAGCAACCGAAGAAGCAGGAGGUCUUCAAACGAGGAGGCGGCAGUACGAAAAACGGACACUGGAACGGCGUAG